AAGAAUUCGAGAGGGAAAUCAUUAACCCGGGUGGAGAUUCUGAUGACAGAAUGCAGUUGCUUAGUGCUUGUUUAAGAAACAUAAUAGACAAGUCAAAGCCGUGAAAAUGAUAUUGACAGCUAGCAAUGAAAUGUUGGAAGGGACCUGGAAAUAUUGUCUUGGUUACUGGGAGAGUUUGCAGGAGACACUGAGUGACCUUGACAUUGAAUACUGGCGCUGGGUGCUGUGGGUCAUAUAUCCUAUCAUUAUAUCGUUUUUACUUCCAAUAUUCAUUUUGCUGUUCCUGUAUUGCUCAGCAUUCUUUCUUUAUAUAUACAACUACCGACACAACUUCAGAGAAGCUUAUAGCCAUGAUGUAUGGGACGGUGCAAGAACAGCCAUAGCAGCAGGGUGGGAUGCGCAGGGAAGAAUUUGGCAUGGUUUUGAGAUAGAAAAUUUGCAAAAAAUCCCUGACAGAGGUCCAGCCUUAAUUGUGUACUAUCAUGGAACUAUUCCUGUGGAUUUCUACUAUCUUGCUGCAAGAUGUCUGCUGGAAAAGAAAAGACACAUCAGAGCUGUUGGGGAUAAUUUUCUGUUUCACAUACCAGGAUUGAGAAGAUUUCUAGAGGUUUUCAGGGUCACCCCUGGUACAGUACAGAGCUGUGUUAGUGUUUUGAAGGGUGGACAUUUAUUAGCUAUAGCACCAGGUGGAGUGAGAGAGGCUCUGUUUGGGGAUGAAAAUUACCCAGUAAUGUGGGGCAAACGUCAUGGAUUUGCCAGAACUGCUUUACAAGCAAAUGUGCCAAUUAUUCCAGUAUUUACUCAGAAUGUGAGAGAAGCCUUUAGAACACCUAAGAUUACCAGGUCUUGCCUCAGAAGAAUUUAUGAAAAGACACGCCUUCCCAUUGUACCAAUUUAUGGAUUCUUUCCAGUUAAAUUCAAAAUGUUUAUUGGUGAUCCCAUUUAUCCAAAAGAAGGUCAAACUCCCGAUUUACUGGCUAAUGAGGUGAUGGAUUCAAUAAGAACCCUUAUUCAGCAACAUCAGAGACUGCCAGGAAACAUCUUGUGUGCUCUGAUGGACAGACUGAUCUAGACUCCGGAGAAAUAGUAGGCUUUCAUGAAGAUCUCAGGAUUGUUGUUGUGUGUUAGAGACUACAGGUGCUUGUGUUAUUGUUGGAGGUAAAAGUUGCUUCUUGAUUUGAACAAUUCUACAUGCUACAGUUGUAUGUAUAUUCAGUAAGUUGUCUAACUGUUCUGUUUAGUACAUUUUAUGGCAGGCAGCACCAACUCAUGGUACACAACGUUUUUUUAUACAUUGUUUAAUGCAUGUUAGUCUAAAAUAUUGGAUGUUUUCCCCAUUUUGUUUACAGUUUUGAUAGUUAUAGACUGGGGGAAUUAUGAAUGUCAAAAUCAUAAGCAAAGCUGGGGAAACAUCAGAUAUUUUGGACUAUGAAUGAUUAUUUAAUACAUUUUUGUCUGAACUUUUUGUAUUAAAUCCAUAGUCAGAUAACAUUCUUACGAUACCACUUACGUUUUCUGAAUCGUGUUACGAUGGUCAAUGAUAGACUUUGCUAGAUUUUUCUAUGUAGACAUAUUUUCUACUUUAAUUUUUUUGCAAAUGAUCACAGAUUACAACACUGUAAAUCUUUCUAUGAUGUGGAUGAUUUUCAAAAGUAACCAUUGUAGAAUAACAUAUGCUUUGAAGUUGUAGCUCAUGUAAAUUUGUCUCCUGUGGGUCAUUACAGAAAAAAAUGCAUCUAUUAAACUUUGGUAUAGAAUAUUUUUAAAAAAUAAAAAUAAGAUACAUAACAUUAUGGAGAGCAGGAAAAAACUUUGAUGUCAUCAAAAAAAAAUUCACUUUAACAAACUCAUAUAUUGCAAUACGCAACUUCCGAGAUAUCAGCUCUUCUGUGAUAGAGGUACGUUCAGUGUUCUGUUGAACGCUUGGGUGGGUACAAGACGUAUACAUAUACUAUAGACUAGCUAUGUAAAUGCGGAUAAAAGCAAUGAAAGUGUGUAUUUUGUUGAUAUCAGCCGUUGGUAUCCAUUACACUGACCAUAUGGAGAAUAAUAUUUGAUUGAAUUAGGCCAUUAAAUUAAUAUGAAAUUAUUUUUUAUUUCCUCUUCUGCACGAGUGAUAUUUUAAUCAAAGAAAAAUGGUGAUUAUCGAUUUUUGUUUGAGAUAUUUUAUUAUUAGAUACUAAUAAACUUACUAAUAUUGUGUGUCCCUGCAGUUUGAGUGGUUGCAUGAUGUCUGAUAAUCGGCCUUUAGGCAAUAUAUGAAGGAAGUGAUAAGCAUUUGUACCCACCGCGUAUGGACGAUAGUAUGUUUUGCGUCUCACUGUGCGUAAGAGUUCCACAAAGGGAAAGAACUAUUGAGCAACUCGGAAAUUGCGUAUUGUUUUAUUUGCAAAAAUAUUUAAUGAUUGAUUGAUUUGAAUAUAUUGUAUUAUAAAUACAUAUACAGCUGGUUUGAACAUAGUCCUGGAUUCUAUCAACUUAGAGGUUCUGACAUGUAAUAUUUAAUUAUAAUGAAGGAAUAAAUGUCUAGGUUGUUUGUGUCAUGAGGUAUAAAAACAAUGGAGGUCAAGAGGUCAUUUUUCAUAAUAGGCAGAAAUUACCCAUGGUGUCCAUAGUCUUAUAUCCCUAUACAUGUAAUGUUAACAAUCUAGAUAUUUACUGCUUAUACACUGUAUUCAUAUUUCAUUGGUGCAGAUUAUUUUAAAAUAAUUGAGAAAUUUGUUCCUUUAAAAGCUAGUGAAACUUCUUAUUAUGUACAAGCCUCUCAAAAGCAUUUUAAAAUUUCAAAAUGGUUACUUAUGAAUAUGGUUAUCCAUAUUGUAUCCAGAUUUAUAACAUUACCAUGUACCCCCUAUCCUUUGUGGAAUUCAGUCUUUUUCAUUGUUUUGACCAUUUUCUUGCUAUUUGUAUUGUGUAUAUUAUAGAAGUAUAUUUUAAAAUUGCUUAUGGUAUGUGCAAUAUCUUACACCUGGUAUUAUAUGUGCCCAAUUUUCAUCAAGGCCUCUUUGUUAAUUUAUACAUGUAUAUCUAUAGAAGUUUAAUUUGUGUUCACUUUCUUAAUCAAUAUUAUCAACUAUUGGAUAUUGACUUAUAUGUAGUUGAAACAACUUUAAUUGUUGACUGGUAGACCAUUUUAUUGGAUGAUCCGGUACUAGAAUAUAUGCUUUGAAAGAUAAGCCUUCUCUGAUUACAAAUCUAACUGGAUAUCAUUGUGAUGGCAAGUAUUAGAAAAGGGCCCAAUUUGUGACAUUAUUUACUAAGUUGAAGGUCCAUUUUAAUUCUUUCAUAAAAAGGUAAACAAAACUAAAACUUGAUAUGUAAGCCAUUGAUAUAAGUGCAUAUAUACAUUUUCAAAUCAGUAGCUGUAGGGAUAGCAAAAAUGUCUGGAAAAUGUAUCAAUUUUUCUAAGUUCAUGGUCCAUAACUCUUUCAAUAACAAAAAAAUAUCAGCAAAGCCCAAACUGAAACUUGAUCUGUAUCUCAUUGAUAUAAAUUCAUGUACAAAUUUUCAAAUCAAUAGCUGCAGGGAUAGCCAAAAAAGUCAGAAAACAGUCAAAACCCUGAAAAUUGCUAAGUUCAAGGUACGUAACUCUUUCAAAAAUAUUUUUGAAAUAAACCAAACUCAACCUUGAUGUACAAUUUAUUGAUGUAAGUUCAUAGAAAAUUAAGAAGCUGGAAGGAUUGGGGUAAAUGUUGUAUAUAAAUGAAAGAGAAAUCAACACAUUUACCUACAUAUUUGGUCUAAAUUUGAAAUGAGUUAUUGAAAAGUAUAAAAACAUUUUGGGCCUAACAAGAGUACAACAGAUAGUAGAGUUUGUUAGGGGUUUUUUUUGGAGGGGGGGGGGGUCUGUGGUUUAGAAGGAUGUCUUUCAUUACACUGAUUGUUAAUACUAUUAUGUUACCAUAUGUUGGUCAUGCUCAAUGUGAUUAUAAAUCACUAUUUCAAUACAUGGUGCACCAUUCCUCUUUUAGAUAGAAGGAGGAAGUAUGUUGUUUAUUCUUUAUUCAUUGAUUUAUGAAGUACAAACUCGAUUUUGUUGCAUAGAACAAAGUAGUAUACUUUUUCUUUAUUGUUAAUAAAUCUCUGUUUAUGGGGUA